CCGUUUCGAAGCGGCUCAUUAUUGAUCGGUGGGUGUACAGAUCGACAGCAGUUACGGGCAUUGCAGUCGUUUGCACGAGUGUCAUAUAAAGCGCUGACAUUUUAAAGGUACCAUAUUUGUUAAGAAGCUAAAGAAAUCGUCCAAACUCCGAAGCGGUAGGAUGCACGUGACGCCGCUCUGUGUUGUAUUCUUUGCCCUUGCCAGCGGGUGCUUUUCGUUGAUUCUUGCGGAGACAUGUAGCAAUCUGACAACACGCUGUCAGACUCUGCAAGAGGAGUUUCGAGAAGCGGGCUGGGCUUUUUACGCUGAACAAUGGAACAUAACCGAUGAGGAGGCCAACCGGACAGCCCCAGCCGCGGGAGAAUUUUGUCGUGUGAGCCACGAAGCCGGAGAGUGUUUGAAGGCCUUGAACGAGCGUUGCCCGGAACAUGAGCUACCCCGGGAUUAUAGCGGCUGGUUCAUGGCCGCGUGGUAUACCUUCCAUGCCAAGCUGUGCUUCACACCUUUCGGUCCACGGCGAUACAUGCCCGCCUUGCGUGCCUGCUACGACACCAACGAGGAUAUUCCAGACAGGCCGUCACCGCCGUUCAAGUCGCCCUUGUCGCUGCAGUCACACAGCGCUUCCAGUGCACAGCGUAACGCUUGCAGAACUCUCAUGCAGUUUAUGGCACAUGUGAACGGAACUGCGCACACUGCAGUAAUGCGACAGUGUGGGGAUGAAGGCAGACGAAUUCUGAUGGAGAGUUGGGAAUAUCUUUACUUGGACAACUGUAAUUCUAUAAAUGAAGUGUCUGUUGUAUGAAAACGUUUUUUUAUUUUAGCAUUCAGCGCUUAUUGUCCUUCGGUAAAAUGGAAGAUUAACUGAGGAUUUGAUCGUUAACGUUGCGAUGGGCUCCUUAAUUUCACGACAGUUUUCAAAAAUACUGUAAUUAUGCUGCAUUUUACGCUAGCGGAAUUCGCUUUAGGAUAUUGUUUCAAGCGUGAACAACUGCAGUGCC